AUGACUGCAGACGGACGGUGCUCCUUCGAUGGCAGCAUCAUCCCGGAAGAAGAAGAUUCAGAAAUCCACGACGAAGGCGAAGGCGAGGACGACGCCUGUGAAGCUACCCGCCUAGUUCCGAGUUCCAGUUCUAUUUCGAGUGUUUUGAGAAGGUUGCCUCGCUUUCUUCACCGCUCAUCUGGCCAUGGCGGCACCAUUGGCCGACGCUUUCGCGACUCGUCGGAAUACUCAGACCCUCGCGGGGCGAAGCGUAACUGCUUCUCCCAAGCCCUCACCGAGCUUUUGAGUACGUUCCGGGCCAUCUUGGGAUACUCGUGGCUCAAUAGCCUGCUGGUUUUCGUGCCGUUGGCCAUCGCCAGCUACUUGGCUCGAGCCAACCACGUUCUCGUUUUCACCGCCAAUGUCAUCGCCGUGGUGCCGCUCUCGAGCUUGCUGACCUGCGCGACGGAAAACAUCGCGAGAGAGUCCGGCGACGUCGUCGGCGCUCUGCUCAACGUGACGUUUGGGAAUCUGGUCGAGAUCGUGAUCUUCACCGCUCUUUAUCACAAGCAAUUUGAGGUGGUGCAAGCCUCUCUUUUAGGCUCGAUUCUAGUGAACCUGCUGCUCAUCUUGGGCAUCGCGAUUUUGGCUGGGAGUUUUUGUCAUCAAGAGCAGUCUCACAGAAAAGAAGAUGCCCAAGCCCUCGCCUGUCUCCUCAGUGUGUCGGUGUUCAGCUUGCUCAUACCUAGCGCCCUUGUUCACUCGUUUGACGACCUCAAGUCUGCAGGAGGAGCCGUGCUGACGUUGAGUCGAGCGUCGUCGUUGACCUUGUUACCGAUAUACCUGCUCUAUAUCUUCCUCCAGAUCAAGAAGACUGUUGUCAAUAGACCAGCUAUCCGUGUUAUGGACUCGGAUGGCAUGAAUGGCUCUGUAAGGACGAGUGGUGACGCCUAUGGCUCCGGCCCAUUGCUAUUCCCGCGUUCGAUUCGGUUCCAAGACGAAGAAGCGGCCCGAGGCCAUACGACAAAAUCCCCCUCCCGGAAAGAUAGCCUGGAGAUGUCGGCAUUGGACGAUUCCGGACAUUCUCAGCUGGACUCGGACGACGCCAAUGCCCCUCUCAACUUCGGAGGAUUUGACGAGGAUGAGAAUACCCAGACACAGGGACAGGUUUGGAAAACCUCUUCUGAUAAGCGACGGAAACCAAGAAGCUCUAUCUACCAACUUCCUUCUGGCAGACAAAGAUCGGACUCUGGCACUUCGACUCAGCGACAUAUGAGUCCUGCUGGCUCGCAGCCCGUACGGUCGUACCGCUCGUCCUAUGGAGGCUCAACAUCCAGUUUGCCACGGCUUCUGUUGGGAAACUCGGUUCCGAACGUCGACAGUCCCAGUGAUAUUGAGCAACUUGAGGAUUCGCCCUUGGUUAUUGGGAAACUGGCAUCCAGCUUACUUCUUGUGGUAUCGUCCUUGCUGGUGGCCGUCUGCGCCGAGUUCCUUGUGGACACCCUUGACGUUAUCGUCGAAUCUGGGCCGUUCUCGGAAAUAUUCAUCGGGCUCAUCAUACUCCCUGUUGCCGGCAAUUGUGCGGAGCUCAUCACCGCGACCGCGGUUGCCACCAAAGGCAAGUUCGACCUUGCCAUCGGCGUUUCAGUGGGUUCAUCUGUCCAGAUCUCUUUGUUCGUGACUCCUCUAGUCGUCAUCGCCGGCUGGGCUCUGAACAGAGACAUGACUAUGUAUUUUGGUAUCUACGAGACAGUGGCCCUUUUCGCGACAACGUUCUUGGUGAACGUGCUCAUUCUCUAUGGCAAGUCAAACUUUUUGGAAGGAAGUUUGCUUUGUGCCUGCUAUUUCAUCAUUGCAGUUGGAGCGUUCCUCUUUCCUACACCAGAUCACCGAGCCUCGCAUGACCGUCCUCCAGACUAA